AAAAAUUAUAGUCUAUUUAUGAAUGUGAGUCCUUACCUGCACUAAUAUUGCCUUUGGGAACGUAUCCUUUAAAAACUCUUGGAUAAAGUCUCGGACAUUCGGUUUUAAAUGAACUGGUAGGGAACAAGUGCCCUUUUUCCACGUACAUAAACAAAAACAGACCCAAAACUAAGCAAUUUCCUUGCAUCAUGAUUUCAAACACUUUCUGUAUAAUUUUAUCAAACACAAUUUAACAUUUUUAUCAUAAUUGCACAAAGUGGUCUGUGGGUACCAUUAAAAAAAAAAAAACGGUGUGGGUGCUCGUGAUAGCCAAUAUUUCUUAUCAAUUUAAUUAAUUUUUCCCCAGUCACAAUUUUAUUUUAUGUAGCAAAAACUAACAUUUUGAGUGGCAGUCAGCUGUUUUAGAUUAGAAGGCCACAUAUUCAAAUAAAUCGAUAAAUUAAUAAAAUCUGACAACAGUGCAUUUUUGGGCCUUUUAAAAAUGGCCUUGCGCUAAAUAAGUACUUACUUUUCAAAAUUAAGUAGCUACUGAGAAUUUUUCAAGUAUUUGUUUGCCGCUUAAAGCUUAAAUCAAAUCUAAUAAGUCAUUAAUUAUUGGUCAUAGGAUAAUAAAUAGACACUGAAUUAAUUGGUAUUUUAUUGCAACAUAUACCUUGCCCUCAUUUAAGUACCUACCUACAUUUUUUCAUGAAUCAUAUCAUAUUUGGCAAUAUCUUAUCAUAUUACUUAAGUUUUAUGUUGGCAAUACAAUGUAAAACUGUGAAUGUGCUGGAAUUUUUUACAUGGGAAAGCCUCGCGUUGCCAACUGCCAAAUAUAAUGUCAGUUAUUUAAAAAAAUGAAACAGACUUUAGAUACUCUACUCUGUUAAGUAUUGAUUAUUUGAGUACAGUCAGCUUUUUGGUGUAAGGAACAAAACAUCAUGUCCGAGUGCAAGAAAAAUGGUUUCAUAGCGGAAAACCUGCAAGAAUUAAAUACAUUAGACGACACAAUUCAAAAUCUUAUAAGACAAGCAACAAAAGCAAGAGAGUUCGCUUAUUGUCCUUACAGCAAAUUUAAAGUAGGCUCGGCAGUUUUGUGCGAUGAUGGAACCAUAUAUACUGGAUGUAACAUAGAAAACUCAGCAUUUAGUGGCGGUAUUUGUGCAGAAAGGUCAGCUUAUAGUAACGCAAUUAGUCAAGGUAAACGAAAGUUUAAAGCUGUAGCCGUAAUUGCCCAUCAAGAAAAAAAAUUUACCCCGCCUUGUGGAGUUUGCAGGCAAUUCAUGAGCGAAUUUGGUAAUGUUGAUGUCUACAUAUCCAAACCUGCAGCAGAGGAUGUUUUGUGCUUAAAUCUAGAUCAAUUACUACCAUUGCAAUUUGAAACUACCAAUCAGCAAUUUAUAUAAGUGAUAAAAAAAAACCAUAUGGAAGUUUGAAACAUUUUUUGUAGUUUUAUUUUAACAAAGAAAAGUGUAAAUUUUAACAAAGCAGAAGCUGUUUGCAAGUCUUUUUAAUCCUAAAACUAAUAAAAAAAUAUUAUUUUGAACACUUAUACAAACUAACUAAAGUGAGAUUUUUUUUUAAUAAAUAGGAAUGAUUUAGUUGAAAUUUAUUCCAAAUCAAUUUCAAGACACAUUGCAUUGAUUCCCUUUUGAAUUAGUGCUCGAGGCAGUUUGAGUUGCAGCAGUUUCUGAAGCUUGCAAUUGUCUAGCCAAAGCAAAAUCCAGUUCCUCUUGUGUUUUCUUGUUACAAGGUCCACUAUCUUGCAUGGAUAAAGCUAAGGCCCUAGCUAAAGCCUCAUCUUCACUCAUUGCUACUUGAUUUUGUUGCUGAUGUUGAUGUUGAAAGAUCCACCUUCUCUUACCACCCAUACCACUACAACUGUGAUCAGUGGUGUGUCGAUGUUUAAGGCAAAAGUUGAGCGAACACUCCUUACAUAUCACUGGAACAACUUCUUUGUUUUUGCACCUUUUAAAUGAACACUUGUUGGUGAAGACUUUUCUUCUGGACUUGGCUGGAUCACUCUGACAGUCUGAAUCUAUAUGAGUACCGACUACAUAGUCUGGAUGCAAUCCUUUUUGAACUGGAAUUGGAAUGUUGCACAGGGGGCAAAUUGGUACCUGGUUGUCUUUCUGGUAGGCUUUCUGGCAGUUGUGGGUGGUGUAUCUAUAGUGGUCCUCGCAGAAUAAUUGUUUGCAGGCGUCGCAUCGGAUGGGUAAGAAAUCCAGUUUGUUGCAGUCAGAUUUUGAGCAAUGUUUUCCUAGAUGAGGCAAUUCCAUUUUUAACAAGGUUUUUAAACGUAAUGAUGGGUUGUAAGCACAAUGAUUUGACUCGACUAUACGUGACUAUAUUAUUUAUGUGAAUAAGCAAUAGGUAGGUGAAUUGAAGGUUUUUAUUAUAAAAUUGCUAAAAUUAUUGUUCUUGAAUAUUCUAGCAUUGAAAUGAAUGAAAUCAAUGAAAUGCAAAAUUUUUAUCUACAAGAAUUUGAAAAACAUGAAUAGCCACAAUCUGACAUUUA